GCGAGGGUGUGGAAAAAUCCCCCCCGCCCUCCCCCCUCUUUCCAACUUCCACGCUUGGCGUACACAUCCCGUCUUCGGCUUGUCCACUGUUAUAAAAAGAGCAUCAGGUUGAAGGCAAAGAGCCAUCGAGUCAUUUGAUCGCAGCGAGGUAGCUUAGCAGCCGCAGGUCGUUUCCCAUCCGAAAAUCAUGAAGACCAUUUUCGCCUUUGCCGCCACUCUGGCUCUUUUGGGUCUGGCUGUCGCCGCUCCCGCUGAGGAGAAGAAGGAGGAGGACGUUGAGGGCCGCAUCGGAUUUGGCGGCGGUGGCUUCGGCAGCGGUUUCAACCGCGGUGGUAGCUUCGGUGUCGGCAGCCAGGGCAACAGAUACGGACAGGGAGGCUUCGGCUACAACGUGGGUGGUUCUAACCGCCGCGACUACGGCAACGCAGCUACCUACGGAGACCGUGAGUCCUUUGGCCUGAGCCAGAACGCCGGCCACAACCGCCAGUUUGGCCAGGGUAGCUACGGAAACCGCCACCACAACAACGCCUUCGGCGCUGGUGGAAACCGCUACGCUUCCGGCGGCGGCGGCUUCCUCGGCUGAAGUGCCCGCUGAUCUUCGAUUACCAAAGAAUGAAUGGCAUGAAUGGACCGGCUCUUUCAACUAGGAAAGAACGCAACGUUGAACAAUCUUCGAUCUAAGUCAGAAAUCUGCACUCAGAACCAGUACGAAGACACUGCAGUAAAUAAACAUAUUUAUUAAAGGAA